AGUGUCAUUACUGCGAGACGGUGAAAUAGCACGCGUGUACGCACCAUCGCACUGCGUUCUAUACCAUUGGAAUCGACGAAUCGCGUUGGCAAAUCUACAAUUUAGCGUGCGGUCUGCGAUAAAUUGCGCGAAGUGAAAGUGAAUGGUCAAGAUGAAUCUCCCUCUCCCUCUCUCUCUCUCUCUCUCUCUCUCUUUCUCCUCCUCCUCUCUCUUUUCUUCCUUCCUUUCUUCCUUUCUCUGACCGGAAAAGCAAAUAAUUGAAGAAAUAAUAUCAACGAUUAAAAGUCGAUCUUGUGGUUUUUUUUCAAAUUUUUAUUUUUUAUUUAUUUUUUUUUUGCUUCGUUUCAAUAUAUUUUAUAAAUACGGAUGAUAGAAAUGACAAUGAUGAAUCUUUAAUCACUUUUUACGCGUUAAAAAUAGGGGAAAUAAAAUUAUUUUGAAAAACAUGAUAAAAAAUUCGAAGGUCGAAGUUUGAAUAAGUGAAUCGUUUAUCGUUUGUAAAAAUCUAUUGUGAUCAUUGAUGAUGGUACCGGUUAAUUGUUAACUUCGAUCGGAUAUUCAAAGAGACGGGCGCAAAUUAUAUCGUUCUUCGAGAAUAAUCGAUCGACAAGAGUGAAGAAAGUUAGAUAUACGUUCUAGAGUUAGAGAAAGAGAGAGAUACGAGAUACGCCAUGCAAUUUAUGUGCAAUAGAGCUGAAAUUACACGCGAAGAAUCAGCGUUGCGUGUGCUCGUUACUGAUUCGUCGCAGAUCAAGUGAUGAUUUGACGCGCAGCCAAUUAAUGCAAAGCACUGAAAUGCGCAUGCGCGUACAUAUCUAACCUGACGAUCGUAAAAUCGAGAUUUCAUGGUAGCGACGCACGUUGUAAAGUGACGUUUUGUUGGAAUUAUCUGCUCGACCUAUCGUUGUCCAUUUGAAAAGGAAAAAAAGACGAAAGAGAAUUUGGAAGACGAAGAAGAAUAAGAAUGAAAGAAGAAAUAAUAGUGUCUCGAAAAGUUAGAGCAUUCAACAACUCUGAUACAGAACAAGACCAGCCAGAACCCUACUAUACAGUUCCUAGGAAAUGAAGGGCAAUUGUCCUUCCCAUCUACGCAAUCCAGCCAUGGAUCAGCAGGCUUUACGUUUAGCCUUUCUGGCAAUCAAGACAUUGAGGGUCCUCAGGGUGGUUUCGAAUGCAUCCAACAAACAGGCCCUAAAAGCCUGGAGAGUCUUGGCGCAUUGCCGUGUAAAAUGCGGAUACAGGCGAACGACGAUGUGUACGAGACAACCAGGCAUCGCAUGGCUGUUGCCGAGGAGAAUAAUAAGAACAAAUGUACUAGAGUUAUCAAACCAAAUGGACCGGACAUUGGUCGUAAGGUGAAGGUAAAAUCGACUGGAAAACCCAUACCUUCAUCAUCAUCAAAUUCAAGACACAGGGAAUCAACGAGCAUUCCAACUUCUGGAAGUCAGGCUAGACUGUCGUCUUCCUCUUACAAACCGGCUAAUCCAGCAGCAGCUCGAAGCCAACCGGAGAAAAAAAUCCCCGACAUUAUGCGCAGACCAUUAAAAGAAAGACUUAUUCAUCUACUUGCUUUAAGGCCAUAUAAAAAACCUGAACUGUAUGAUCGUAUAAAUAGAGAGGGUUUAAAAGAACGAGAGCGUAACAUCAUGACGACAAUCUUAAAACAAGUAGCUUUUAUGAGGGAUAAUACGUAUCAUUUGCACAGAUAUGUUUGGAAUGAUGUGCAAGAAGACUGGCCUUAUUAUACCGAACAGGAAAAGGCAAUGUUAAAAAGGAGAAAACCUCAAAAUCUUACGCCUCCUGGUUCCAGUGAUGGUGGAUCAAGUGGCAGCGGACAAUCGCCGAAUUCCACUCAUCCAGGUUCACCGCCGGCAAUCACAGCACCACCUCCAUCUUUGUUGAACAAUAAGCGACCAGGGUAUUAUCAGGGAAAUGAUGGACUGCCAACGAAGAGACCACGGAUAUCCCAUUAUAAAAAGUCAGAACAAAAUUCUGGAUCGUCGAUCACGGGAGAGAACGGAAGGACGGCUGGUAGUGGUAAUAGUAAUAACAGUGUUAGUGUUGUUUCUGGAGCUGGUAGUACUAGUGCUAACAGUGGCAGUAGUAGUAACAGCGGUGGUGUGGUUGAUGGUUGGGAUCAGAGACAGCACCAACGUGAUCGUCGUGGCGAUUAUCGGCCCGAAAGAACAGCGAAUAGUGACGUGCUACGAAGCAGCAGCUACAGCACUGGGAAACCGUGCUUGACACCAACCAGUGACAGUGAAGAAAUCAACCAAACUGGUCAUCGGGACGGAAUCAUUACGAGCACCGGUUCAUCCGGAAACAACACGGCUAGCAAUUCGGCCACUGGCCAUAAUUCUCAUAGUAUAACCCAUAGUAAUUCUUUGAGCGGCAAUCGUCAUCAUACCGGCAAGACGGCGAUACUCGGUACCGAUACCGGGAAUUCUGGGACGGAUUAUGUGACGCGUCUUAUGCCAAGUGUCGUGAGUGACGGUGGUAGUGCAAGUAGUUUUAGUGGUAGUUCAAAUGGAAUACUCGCUGAUAGGAGAGACAGAAGCGACAGGAAUGACAGGAGCCGCACUAGCGAAAGGGAUCGUGACUCAAGAAAGAAAAGCAACGGAACAGGUGGUAACUCCUAUAAUGAUUUAUCUGCUUCUGAUUACACCGCUACUGAAGAUAAUACUGUCAGUACAUCGUCUUGUGCUCUUGAAUUACCAGAAAGUCCCAAAUCAUCGGAAUACCCGGACUACCUCACGUAUUACACGACAAUAAGUAGUUCAGAACAGAGAAGACGUUACAAAGCAGAAUUUAAUGCUGAUUAUGAAGAAUAUCGACGAUUGCAUGCUCAAGUAGCAAAUGUAUCUAAACGGUUCACGCAGCUUCAGGAACGUUUGAAACAAGAAGAAGCCUCUGGGAACUGGGAAGAGUACGAGGAAGUAAGACGGCAAAUUUUGCAUGACUAUAACGAAACUAAACGGGACCCUGUACAUAAAGAAAUAAAACGUCGAUUUCAUUAUCUGCACGAGAAGCUAAGUCACAUUAAACGGCUAGUAUUGGAGUACGAUACGCAAAACUGUGGCGGUGGGAUGACAAGCAGCAGUAAUGCUAAUGGUACCAACGAAAUUAAGGAAAUGGACAGUUUGCACUACUGACACAAACUGAAAAGGCCGCCUCUUAUAUUCAAUCUUUUUUCAAUUGUCGGUACGUUACUGUCUUCGUUGUCGCAGAAUUUGCAUUUUCUCGGCAUGUUCCAAGGCUGAUCUAAACGGUCCAUAUGGUUCCUGGUUCUGUCGUCGAAAACAAAGUCAAGUACUGUCUGAGCCGGGGUUGCAACAAGAACAAGAACCUUCAUGCUGUUGUUAAAAUUGCGAAAGUCGAAGAUUUCUCUUCUAUAAUUGAUUUGUGCGCGCGACUGUGAUGAUCUCUUCGACUUGCGCUUUUGUGUGAUCGCGAGCGAUCGUCGUGACGCGCUUGCGUGCUACUUCGACCAAUGGUAACUACAUCGAUAAAGGGGCUUUUUAACGACAAUCGGUACAUUUCGGGGGAAAAAAGGAAAUGAAAGAAAAAAAAAAAGGAAUGAAAUAAAAGUCCAUCCGAA